AUGUGUGCUGCUGUCUCGGCUGAUCGGAGAGGACCAGAAGCCCGGUCGAGCUGCGUUCUUUGAGAUUAAGAGCGGUUUGGUUGGUUGUUUGGAUGAGCCUUGCGUUCCGCGUCUCUGAGCCUGAAUCCUGGUUCUUGAUCGCGCCGGAGGCGGCGGUCGCGAGACAGAUUCAUCGGCCGGUGAUGGAUCAGAGGAGAAGCGCCGGCCAUCGUCCUAGGCGGAGGCAGACGGCCGCGGAUGAGGAGGAGGAGGAGCAUAGGCUGCGCACGCCGCGGCGGCGUCCGGGGGCGACGCCGUCGAGCAGCAGCCGGCGGCGGGUCGCGCCACCACCGGCGCCAACGACGACGACGACGCCCGGCUACUUCACCGCCGAGCUGGUGAUGGUGUUCCUCUGCGUGACCGCGUCGCUCGUGCUGCUCCCGCUCGUCCUGCCGCCGCUCCCGCCGCCGCCGUCGCUGCUGCUGGUGCUCCCGGUGUGCCUGCUCGCCGUCCUGGUGGCCAUGGCGUUCGUCCCGCUCGACGCGCAGAGCAACGUCGUCGGCUCGUCGUGCUUGUAGAGAAGGAAAUUAUUUUCUUGCUUCUUUUAUCUCUUCCAGUUAGUUUAGGUUAGCACAAAGAAACCGGCAUCACUUGUUAGAUUAGUUGGAGUAGUUCAUUAUUUGGUUGUAAACUCACCAUAGUUUACUGCUGAUCUAUCGGUGCUCCUGAACCUUACCACCAUGGAAUACACAUGCUGCCAUGCCAUCCCUUCAGAAAUCAAAAUGAACAUUGUAUAUCUCGCGUCACAUGGAUGACGUGAUCACAAGACAA